CUGGUAUUUCUUCCCCAUCGGUUUUAUUUAUUUUUAUUUUUCGCUCUGCGAAUCAAUUCUUUUUUAAUUUGACCAAACCAUGAUUUCUCCCAAACUCUCGCGUCGCGAGAGCGAGACCAAUACCAACGACGGCAGCGGCAGCGACAAUGACAACGACAACGACAAUAACUCUCCGUCCAAACGCUUCAAGGCUGAAUUAUCCCGCAUGAACAACAACAACAACAAUGGGCGAUCCUCGCCGCCUGUGAGCAUCCUCAAAGACGGCCCCAUCCUGAAAUCGGCAUCCCAGACACCACCAAUGACCGUCGCAAGAGCCGCAAGUCCGUCGGAAGACGCGUCAGCUUCGCACGCACAGCCCACGUGCGCAUGUUCGAUAUCCCCGAGGACAAGCGCUUGGCCACACCUCAGGGCAUCAACACCUUCACCAUGCCCGACAUAUCCUCGCAAGCCGGCAUUGUCGGAUUCAACCUGGGCGCCAUACCCGCCAUCGAAGAAGUGUCCAUGACCAGCAAUGAGAGCUUUGACGUUUCUGUCCGCCAGUCU